UCAGUAAAAGAAAAGUUGACAUCUUUGUCCCCAAGCUGUCUCUUAAAACAUCAUAUUCCCUGAAGGAUAUUUUGAGGGGAAUGGGAAUGACUGAUAUGUUUACAGAUAAAGCUGAUUUCUCAGGAUUUACUGAGGAAAGGAUAUUCAUUUCAAAGGCUGUGCAUCAAGCCUCUUUGGAUAUAGAUGAAGGAACCACAGCAGCAGCAGUGACAACGGUUCAAUUCAGACCAAUGUCCUACCACCCACUGAUGGCUUUCCGUUUCAACCGUCCAUUCAUGAUCUUUCUUAUCGACCAGAAAAAUGACAACAUCCUGUUCAUUGGAAAAAUCAAGAAUCCAACAGAAGGCAUUGACGCUGUGUUACAUUCAUGAUGCUGUAACAGACCUCAGCCUGCGGUUGGCCAUAAGGGCAUAAAUUUGGGAUGAUUAGGGGUUUAAACUCUCAACUGUACACUAAAUGUUUUCAUUAAUCAUUGUAUAAAUAUUGGGGGGUUUUGAUACACCUCUGGGUGGCUAUGAAUUAACAGCGGUCUUUAGACCAUGAUUUUUCCAUCCUCUCUAGCAUUUCGAUAGAUUUUUCUGUGUUGAAUGUGUAUACCUGCCUAAUGGCUUCAUGAUGGAUAAAUAAAAUAAUGU